GGGCUGAGGACCAAGGGAGUUCCCUCCUGCUCCUGCCUAUGUAGCAAGUAGCAGAAGAAGUUUUGAAAGUUGCUGCAGGAGGAGCCAGUGGCUGGUUUUGGGGUGACGGUACCCCACCCUCUACAUUUGAGGGAAAACCCCUUGGCAAGAGGGGGUAGACAGAAUUGGGAGGGGAAAGAAAGAGAAGGAGAGAAAAGAAAAGUCAUUCUCCUGCACCUCCUCCUUCUGUCCUUCCUCACUUCUCCCUGUAGUCUCCACUGGUGCAGAGGAAGCAGCAUAUCCCCCAGCCAGGGGCCUGCAGUUGGGGACCUGCUUGCCCGCCGCCUGGCACUGCUUGUCCUGAUUCAUCAGCCGCUGCCUUCCCAGACCAUUGGGAGCGCUUCUGAUGGCACCAACUCCUGGCGGCGCCCUGAGGAGCAUCCUCUGCAGGCAUCUCCUCUUGUCUCUCCUGGUUCUAUGCUUCUUUUGUGAUGCUUGUAAGAAAGUUGUUCUUAAAGUUCCUUCUCAUCUUCAGGCUGACACACUUGUAGGCAGAGUUAAUCUGGAGGAGUGUUUCAAGUCAGCUGACCUCAUCAUUUCAAGUGAUCCUGACUUCAGAAUUCUGGAAGAUGGUUCAGUAUAUACAACAAAGGACAUUAAAUUCUCUUCUGAGAAAAGAAUAUUUUCCAUUUUGCUCUCAGAUUCUCAGAAACUGGAAGAAAAAAAUAUAGAGAUUUCCCUGUUAGCACCAGAAAAAAAGAUGCCUGUGAAAAGACACUCAAAAGACAAAGGUCUUAAGAGAACCAAAAGAAGAUGGGCUCCAAUUCCAUGUUCAAUAAUGGAAAACUCUUUAGGUCCAUUUCCACAACAAAUUCAACAGAUCCAGUCCGAUUCUGCACAAAACUACACCAUCUAUUAUUCCAUAAGUGGACCUGGAGUAGACAAGGAGCCUUUCAAUUUGUUUUACAUAGAUAUAAACUCAGGGGAUAUCUUUUGUACGCGUGCUGUAGACCGUGAGACAUAUGACAGUUUUCAGAUAAUUGGUUAUGCGACAACACCAGAUGGUUACUCAACAGAUCUGCCACUUCCUCUUAUGAUCAAAGUUGAAGAUGACAAUGAUAAUGCUCCAGUUUUUGAAAAUAUGGUUACAUUUACUGUGAUUGAAAAUUGCAGAGUAGGUACUGCAGUGGGAAAGGUAGUGGCCACAGACAGGGAUGAGCCUGACACACUACACACUCGUUUGAAAUAUACAAUUUUGAAGCAGAAUCCAGAACACCCAAAGAUUUUUUCAGUCCAUCCAGACACGGGUGUAAUCACUAUCAUAUCUCCACCUGACAGAGAAGCAUGUUCUUCAUAUGAUUUGAAAAUGGAAGUACGAGAUAUGGCUGGGCAGAGUUUUGGUCUAUCAGAUACAACCACUGUUACUGUUCAUAUUCAAGAUGAAAAUGACAAUGCUCCUUCUUUCAAAAAAACUUCUUAUGUGACAGAGGUAGAAGAAAACAGAAUCAAUGUAGAAAUCCUGCGCAUGGACAUAGAGGAUAAGGACUUACCUAACACUCCUCAUUCAAGAGCGAAAUAUAUUAUCCUAAGAGGAAAUGAAAAUGGACAGUUCCAGAUCACUACUGACCCCAUGACAAAUUCAGGCAUCUUAUGUGUCGUCAAGCCACUGGAUUUUGAAGCCAGUCGCCAAGUUAUUUUACAAGUUGGAGUAGUUAAUGAAGCUGAGUUCUCUAAAGGAGCAAACAACAGAGGUGUCUCUACUUGCACUACUGUUGUCACUGUCAAUGUCAAAAAUGUUGAUGAGGGACCUGAGUGCCAGCCUCCUGUCACAGUUAUCGAGUCUCAGGAUGGUAUGCCGGCUGGGAAAGAAAUCUUGGGAUAUAAAGCACGGGACCCAGAAACUUUCAAUAGUGAAGACUUGACGUAUAGGAUGUUACAAGAUGAAGAUCAUUGGUUUGAAAUGGAUAGGAAAACAGGGAACUUGAAAACAACUAAAAUCCUGGACAGAGAGUCACGAUUUGUAAAAAACAACCAAUAUAACGUCACAGUGCUUGCAGUAGAUAAAAUUGGCAGAUCUUGUACUGGAACACUGGUGGUCCGUCUGGAAGAUAUAAAUGAUCAUUCACCAGUAAUUAAGGAUAAUGUGACAAUUUGCCGUCAUGGGGAUGAAGGUGCUGUAAUAGAAGCUAUGGAUCGUGAUGGGCCAACAAACGGUCCACCUUUUGACUUUAAGUUGGAUAAUUUAUCUAAUAAACUCUGGAUACUUAGGAAAAAAAGUGAUACAACUGCAAUAAUUCAGCCACGGGAAGGUCUCAAGAGUGAUUUUUAUUCAGUCCCCAUUAGAAUAAAUGAUCGGCAUGGCAAUGGUGAAGUGUCUCAUUUAGGAGUCAGAUUGUGUGAUUGUACUUUACCAAGCGAAUGUAAAAUGAAACCUUUUGGUCAGGUGAGAGAUGUAUCACCUCCAAAUAUACAUCUUGGAAGGUGGGCAAUCCUUUCAAUGGUGCUGGGCUCUGCAAUGCUGUUAUGUUCCCUCUUUGUCUGCUUCUGUGUCACCACUCAGAAAACAGUACAAAAAUGCUUUCCAGAAGAUAUAGCUCAACAGAAUUUAAUAGUAUCAAACACAGAAGCCCCAGGAGAAGAAGUGACGGAAGCAAAUAUUAGACUUCCCACACAGACUACGAACAUUUGUGAGCCAAUUAUCUCCAUUGGGACACUUGGUGGACAAGGAACCAAAACUGGUGGACAGCAAAGUUUUGAGAUGGUCAAAGGAGGUUAUACUUUGGAAUCAACCAAAAGUGGAGGACAUCAAACACUGGAAUCAUACAAAGGAUCAGGACAGGGGUUGGGGGAUAAUGGAAGAUAUGCCUACACUGACUGGCACAGUUUUACACAACCACGUCUUGGUGAAAAGGUGUAUCUCUGUGGACAGGAUGAAGAGCACAAGCAUUCUAAAGACUAUGUCCUUUCAUAUAACUAUGAAGGAAAAGGAUCUGUAGCUGGCUCUGUAGGCUGUUGCAGUGAUCGGCAGGAUGAAGAGGGACUUGAGUUUUUAGAUCAUCUGGAACCCAAAUUUAGGACAUUAGCAAAGACAUGCAUAAAUAAAUAAAAGAGGGAGGCAGUGAGGUGUUGUGGAAAGAGUCCAUUAUUUGGAGUCAAACAAUUGGGAUCCAAACCUGAUUUGUUAUUUUAGGAGCCCAUGCUACCUAGAGGUCAAUGAAAUCAACUGUCUGUUAAGAGCUUUGCAAAUACUAACACAGUAAAUUAGUGUGAACUAAUACUAGUAUUACUAGGCCAUAACUUUUCUGUGCCUCAGAUACCUCAUAUGCAUAAUGGGGAUUUUGGAGUUGGUCCUUUCUAGCUCUAAAUCUUAUGAUCCUAGUGACAACUGUAAACAAUUCUUCAAAAGUUUGUCACAGGGGUUGUAAGUUGAAAUUUUUGUCAGCAUCUACUCUCUCUCUCUCUCUCUCUUUCAAAGUUAAAUUUCCUCAAGGUUUGAUUCGUUAGUUUUCAUUUAAAGGUUAUCAGUUAUUUCUUUUCUUAAUUAUAUACAAAACAAUAUUUUCCUUUCCUUUAUCACAGAACAGGGAGGCAAUGAUCCACUUAAAAUGUUUUAUGUAAUCUUGAACCCUGUGUAUCUUUUCUAUGAAUAGAGAUGCCUGGGAAAAGGGUAGAUGGUCAAAGGUAGUGAAAUGUAAGAUUUUAAGCUUGUUUGAUAUAAAGGACAUCAUCUCACUUUGAUUUAGUGAAUAUAAAUGUUAGAAUUUUAAUAACCAAUAAAAUAAGAAGUGUGAAAUAUUGGAGUUGUCUGAGGAACAGGAGGAUAUGGGUUCAAGACUCACUUCUGACAUAUAAUGUCUGUGUGAUCCUGGGCAAGUCACUUACCUUCUGAGUGCCUUAAGCAACACUCACAAACUAUAUAUUGUAUAGAAGGUAUACAUACUUGCGCAGUAGAGAGAAUAUCCUCUCCUGAGUAUUCUUUUUACCAAUGAAACCACAGCUCUAAUCUCUUACCUAAUAACUGCCAAUAUUUCUUGGUGGAUUCUUUGACUCUACAGACAAAGGUCAUCUUCAAGCACUUUGCCCUGGAGUGCCAAGCUUGCCUAGACAUGAGGGCAACUCUCCUUUCUAUAUCUUCAUAGCUCUGAACUUUUAUCAGUAGAAAAUGGCAUGACUAAUUUAUUAAAUCCAUUUAUUUACAAGGCAAUGAGUAGAAAAAUGCAAAAUAAGAUAAGGAAAGGACCUUAGGAUUAUUGAAAUGUCUUUACUUCAGUCAGAGAAAUGAAAACAAAAACCAAUUUUGAAGUUUUUGCAGAAAAUGAAAAGAUUUAAAACUGACAUGUAUAUAUGUAAAAUAUUUUAAGUGAAUACUUUUUAAAGUUUUAAACUUCUUGAUUAUGCAGCAGUCCAGAAAAGAGCACAGUUAUUUUAAACAAAUGUUUGUUAAGAGAUUUUAUCAUUAGACUGGAAAUAUCUAUGGAUAAAAACUGUAAAUGUCAUGGAGAUGAUUUUCUGUCUGAAAAAAAAAACAGUUUUUCUUUGUCUAUUAAUUGGUAAGAUAGUGACUGGGGUGCCUGCUUGGACUUUUUAUUUCCGUUGCCUCAUUUCUCCUCAGUGGCAAUUUCUAGUCUAUGUGUUCCUUAAAAUGAAAAUAAGGAUUAGAAUAGAAGAGAGAAAUCAAUAUAUUUUCCCCAUCGCACAUAUUACUCAAGGUCUUAAAUACAAUAUCAUAUAUGUUAUUAUUCAUGUUACAUGUGAAAUAACAUUUUUAAAACACACAGGUAAGAUAUAACAAAUGGGACAAUUAAAACCAAAUUGUCAUGCUAAAAACAUUUCAAAAGGCACUUUUGUAUUGAUUUGUGCUGUGAUUCUGAGGAAAGAUGCUAAUACUGAUAGGAACAUAGUAAGGGUUAAUUAGCAACAUGAAAAGCUAAUUGCAUGGAUUUUCACGGUGAAAGUCUUCUGAAUAAAGAGAAAAAGGUAACUACUACAACUUUAAUUUAUUCCCAGCUUGUCUUUCUAUACUACACAGUCCUCUUAGCUGUUUUAGGGAAGGAACAAAAGUGGAAGUAUGUGUUUAAUCAUCAAUGCAGGAAAGACCAAUGCUUUUGGUGGUAUGGAGCUCUUUCCACCAAGGCAAACCCCAAGUCAUCUAUAACUCAUUGUCAUAGAGAGUUUCAUGUGGCUAUGGAAGAUUCCAUAUCUUGUGCCAAUAGUAAAUGGUGGAGAUCAGAUUUGAACCUAAGCCUUCUUCACUUCAAAUCAAGCCACGUUAUCUACUACAGCUUGCUGACUCUCAUAGAUGUGAACAUAAAGUUUGAUUGUUUCAAAAAUGUAUUUCUGCUUCAACUAAGCGAAGCAAUUGUUACAAUUCACAGAGGGGGCCCGGGUGUGGGUGGGGGGAAAUUGUGUAGAAGUCUGAGAGCCAAAGGCGUCCUGUGUUGAUUUUCAUUGUUUUAAAAACCACUUGAGUAUCAUUAGUUGUUAUCUCUCAGAAAUACCAUUAAUGUUCUCUGUUAAAACUGAUUUUAUAACGACAGUCCCAUGACUGAAAUGAUAAUGUAUGUUGGAAGUUUUAGAAUUGGAAAUGUCCUACAAAUGAAUAAGUUAAUUCUUAUUAACCAAUGCAAAUGAUCAAUUAUUUUCUGUACUUCUGGUGUUUCAGUCCUUAAAAACAGAAAGGGAACAAAUAGCCAGUGGUGGGGUGGGGAGGAAGAACUGUAUUUUGCAAUAAAUUUACUUUUUCUGCUUU